GCACUCCAUGACCAGAUUGUCAAGAUAUGAUAUAACAAAAUAAAUAAUUCCUUGAUUUUGAUGUGCAAUGAGAAGUCAAAACUGGCGGAGUUGUUUUGUCUGAUGGCGGAGAUGGAAGCAGGACUGUCUGAGUGCAAGGAAGUCGUUGAUGAAACAUGGGUUCUCUAUAUAAACCCACCAAAACCUCAUAUCUGUAGAAACCCAAAACUCUGCAUUUUGAUCUCCAGUUUGAGAUAGAAAGCCCAAAAGAAGAAGGAAGAUUCAUUAUGUCCUCCUCUGCCACCAACUCCGAUGACCUUCCCACCCAAAGAUUACUAGGUAAAGUGGCAAUAGUCACUGGUGGAGCCACUGGUAUUGGAGCGAGUAUUGUGCGUACCUUCCACAAACAGGGGGCAAAGGUUUGCAUUCUUGAUUUGCAAGACGACAGGGGACAGCAACUCUGUGAUUCCCUUGGUGGUGACCUGAAUGCCUGUUAUUUACAUUGUGAUGUCUCAAACGAGGAUGAUAUUCGCCAUGCUGUUGAUUUCACAGUUGAGAAGUUUGGUACACUUGAUAUUAUGGUUAACAAUGCUGGGUUGUCAGGACCGGUAAACCGAGACAUCCGUGAUGUGGAGAUAUCCACAUUUGAUAAGGUGGUCGACGUAAAUUUGAGGGGAGUUUUUAUUGGAAUGAAGCAUGCUGCCAGGAUUAUGAUCCCACAAAAGAAGGGGGCUAUCAUUUCUAUUGGUAGUCUUGCAUGUGAGGUUGGAGGCAUGGCUCCACAUGCAUACACUGGAGCCAAGUGUGGUGUGAUUGGACUCACCAAGAAUGUUGCAGCUGAGCUGGGAAAGCACGGAAUACGUGUGAAUGCUGUUUCUCCUUAUGCAAUUGCCACGGACAUGCUUGUAUCAAAAUAUCCCAAGGAGAUGAAAGUUGAGGAUAUCUUGGCAGGCUUUCAAGCUAAUACUAGAAACCAUGCUAACUUGCAGGGUGUGGACAUCACUGUUGAAGACGUGGCUAAUGCUACGCUCUUCCUUGCUAGCGACGAAUCAAGAUACAUCAGUGGUUCUCAUCUGAUUAUUGAUGGGGGUUUUACGUCAGUGAAUCAUGCAUUUAAGGUGUUCAGAUGAUGGAUACUCAGUUCAUGAGGUUCCCUAUCUUGCAUUGAGUUGCAAUUUUAUCUUCCUCGUCUCGUCUACUUCCAUACAAAAUAAGAGCAGCUUUUGUAGCUGCUGGGUGGUUAGAAUUAUAGUAUUUCCGGUCAGUUGGGGCGAGUAAUAUGUUGAAAGUUAUGGUGAUAUAUUUGGAUACUCAUCCAAUGUAAUGGAACCUUGAUUUCAGUUCCAAUGAAAUGAAUUUGCGUGCUUUGAAUGAUUUCCUGUUGA